CGUUCCAAGAUGGCGGCCUCCGUGUGGAAGCGCUGUGUGACUGCGGCUGUCAAAGUUAAAUGUUUUUCACAAUCUUUCACUGUGAGAAGAUGCCUGCUGUCUGCAGCUUACACAGACACCAAAGUGUGGGAGGCCAGAGAGAAGGAUCCUCAGAACUUGGCUGCACUGGCCAAUGUUAUGGACAGGACAUACGGCCGAAAUCUCCCUGUCAGCUCUUUGACAGUGUCACGGUUUGUCGACAACAUCUCUUCUACAGAGGAAGUUGAUCAAGCAGAAUAUUACUUGUACAAAUUUCGUCAUAGUCCAAACUGUUGGUACUUGAGAGACUGGACCAUUCACAGCUGGAUCCGGCAAUGUUUGAAAUACAACCGAAGGGAGAAGGCCCUGCACACGUUACAAAACAAGGUCCAGUAUGGCAUAUUCCCAGACGGCUUCACAUUCAAUCUGCUAAUCGACUCAUACAUUAAAGACGAGGACUAUAAAAGUGCGUGUGCUGUGGUGGAAGAGGUGAUGCUUCAGGAGGCGUUUGAUCUCCCCUCUACGCAGAUUCUGUCUUUUUACGCUUUGGGACGUUAUCUAGCAACUAAACCGGAACUUACGGUGUCUGAGGAACGGGCACUGGGAGCUUCUUUCCUCCUCUGUGGCCUCACAAAUAACAGCACCAUAGGCCUCAGUGCUCAGUUCAUUGGACACACCCUCCUCGGUAAAGUGGAGAUGCAGAAUGGGAUCCACGCUGUGUUUAAAGGCAUGCCUCUGCACUGGGGCCAUGGAUACGUGGACAGAGCUCUGGCCGUGAUGGAGAGGGUGGCUGCAGAGACCGGAGAUGUCACAUUGACGAAAGACGCAUUGGAUCUGAUGGGUGGUGUGCUCGAUGACUUGUCCUCUGAGUCCGAGUCCUCUGGAGAAGACACUGAGGAAGAGGAUGAGAAAAAACAGGAUGCAGUCGAUGAAGACGAUGAAGCUGAACGUGCAAAGUUACCUCAAUAUGUCGCCAGGUUCAAGGAGCUGAGGAGCCAGUUGGAGUCCUCGGGUAAAGUUGAAGCUGCCUCUUUUCAGACUCUGGUGAACGCUUUGGCCGAAAAGGAGCUGUCUACGACGGAGGGGCCCGACCUGGAGCGAUACAAGGAGCAGGUGCAGGGCUGGGAGGCAGAGAGGGCACAGCUCAUCCAGAGAGAGAAAGAGAUGAGAGAGAGAGCAGAGGAGGAGAAGAAGGCUCGAUUAGCUGCCUCUGCCUCUGCUCAAUAAACAUGAACUCAAAGCACUGAACCACAAAAACAUACAAACAUAUUUGAAGAGUUAAUUUGCAAAACUGAUAACUGUUUAAUUUAAAGCCACACAACGUUUUGUCAAAAAAUUACUAAAAUAAAGGUAGACUUCCUGUUUGUUUUCAUGGAAGUGUUGUUUUUUGGCAGUAAUAUUCCACAGUAUGGCAUAAAACUUCUCUAUCUCCACCUCCAGAAAGUUGUAUACUAUCACUUUAAAGGGCCCGUAUUACGCUAUUUAUAAUCUAUGUUUUAUGUUGUUUCACAAACAUACCUGGAGAAGUGCUUUGUUUCAUUCACAAUUCCUGCAUAUUUAGACUGACCUCUUCUCUCAAACAAAAAACACUCCUUAUUAUGUCAAGUGAUAAUACAGGAAGUGCCCCACAGCCUUGAAAUAGCCAAUCUCUACUGAACAAAGGUAAAAAGUUAACUUGAAAAUUACCACUACAUGACAUCAUAAGGUGGAACAGAGUAUUUUGAGCUUUGCAGUAUUAUUCAGACAUGUGUGAAUAAAACAAAACACAACUCCAGGUAUGUUUUUGAUGAGGUAACAACUUUAUAGCAUGGCUUAAAGCUCACAUGAGUAAAUUUUGUGUAAUAUAGGACCUUUAAGUUAACUAAACUAUCCGUGAAUUGUCAUCUCGCAGCUGAUAUAGAAGUAUUGGUGCAAGCCCUGGUGUUAGUACACAAAUGUGUCCGUUUAAUACUGCUACGACAAAAGUAAAUCUCACCUAAUCUUUUUUAAUGACAUCUGUUUUUGCAAAUAAACUCUUCCUUUCCUGUCAUGUCUUCAUUAUAUAUCGCAUACUAAGAGUGUUGUGUUCUUUUUUAAUAAAUACUGAAAUGCA